ACUGUCCACGUCAAAGGCCAAUAUGUUGUGAUGGACAAUGGCAUUGUCCGGCUGACAUUGUCAAACCCCGAAGGCUUUAUCACUGAAGUUAUGUACAAUGGAGUUGAUAAUUUACUGGAAGUUCAUAGUAGUGAACCGUAUGGAGGGUACUGGGAUGUUGUUUGGAACGAAGAGGAAAAUAAAGAAAUAUUUGAAUUAAUAGAAGGAAGUCAAUUUCAAAAAAUAUAUCAAGAUGACAAGAAAAUUGAAGUGUCUUUCAAGAAGAAGUGGAAUCCCUCCCUCAAAGGCAAGCGUUCUCCUCUCAACAUAGACAAAAGAUUUGUAUUAUUGCAAGGUAGCUCAGGAUUCUACACAUACGCCAUCUAUGAGCAUGGUAAAGGAUGGCCAGACUUCCAAAUAACAGAAACUAGAAUAGCUUUCAAGCUUAGAAAAGAGAAGUUUCAUUACAUGGCGAUCACAGAUAAUAGACAAAGGGUCAUGCCUAUGCUUCAGGAUCGUUCGCCUAAGAGAUCACAGAAGUUAGCCUACCCUGAGGCAGUCAUCCUUGUUAAACCAACUAAUCCAGCCCUUAGAGGAGAGGUGGACGACAAAUAUCAAUACUCCAGCGAGUACAAAGGCAGCUUGGUGCAUGGAUGGAUUUGUGCUAAGCCUUCAAUUGGCUUUUGGUUAAUCACUCCGAGUAAUGAGUUCAAGUCAGGAGGACCUCUCAGACAAGAUUUAACAUCUCAUGUUGGCCCUACUGUCCUCGGUAUGUUCCAUAGUUCUCACUAUGCUGGGGAAGAAAUUGUUGCUAAAUUUACGAAUGGUGAAUACUGGAAGAAAGUGUUUGGCCCAGUAUUCAUCUACCUUAAUUCUGACUUGAAAAACUCAAGACCAAACUUUCUUUGGGAGGAUGCUAAAAGACAGACCCAAAUUGUAGUGGCGAAUUGGCCUUACGAGUUUCCAACUUCAGUGGAUUAUCUUAAGAAAGAGCAAAGAGGAUCUGUUUCUGGAAGGCUACUUAUUUUAGAUAAGUACAUUAGUAAAAAUUACAUAUAUGGGAAUGCAGCUUUUGUUGGUUUAGCUUCUCCAGGAGAAGAAGGAUCUUGGCAAAAAGAAACCAAGGGAUACCAAUUUUGGGUAAGAGCAAACGCCAAAGGAAAUUUCUUUAUAAAAAAUGUUCUCUCUGGAGUUUAUAAUCUGUAUGCAUGGCUUCCUGGUUUCAUUGGAGAAUUUACUUAUAGCACCACAAUUACAGUCACCUCAGGAGGUAAUAUCGACUUACACAACCUUGUAUAUAGACCACCAAGAGAUGGCCCAACCUUGUGGGAGAUUGGCAUUCCUGAUCGCUCUGCUGCAGAGUUCUUUGUUCCUGAUCCAAAUCCUAAAUAUGUCAAUAAACUUUACAUUGAGCACGAUAAGUUUAGACAAUAUGGGUUAUGGGAGAGAUAUGCAGAUUUGUAUCCUACAACUGAUUUAAUUUACCAAGUUGGUGUCAGUAAUUAUACAAAAGACUGGUUCUUUGCUCAAGUUACCAGGAAGCAAAAAGAUAAUUCCAAUAAAGCAACAUGGCAGAUAAAAUUUCAACUUUCUAGUUUACAUAGGACUGGAGUUUACAAGCUCAGGGUGGCACUUGCUUCUGCACACCUUUCUAAACUACAAGUUCGAAUCAAUGACCCGACUAUAGAACCUGCUCACUUCACAACAGGGUUGAUUGGUCGUGACAAUGCAAUUGCAAGGCAUGGAAUCCAUGGUUUUUAUUGGUUGUUCAACAUUAGUUUACAAGGAAGUUGGCUUCGUGAAGGGGAAAACACAAUAUUCUUGACUCAAAGUCAAUCCCAAACCAUGUUUCAAGGAAUCAUGUAUGACUAUAUCCGAAUGGAAGCGACAUAG